GGGGUCGGCGCCUUCCCCUGAUGGCAUCGAGCAGAAGUGGGAUUUCGAUUACGACCAUGAGCUGAAGAAAGCCUUCCGCGUCGAGCGCAUCCGGAACAAUCAGUAUAAGGAUUGCUGCCAGAUCAUGUACCCGCCGAAGAACGCGCUCCCCACGGACGCGAUGAUUGCCAAGUGGUCCGACGGGCUCACGCGCAGUGUGCCGCAGGCCAUCGUCAUGCAGUUCCAGGGUGCGCCCAUCGAGCAACGCGUCGACGCGGUCGGCAAGAAGACGAAAGGCAAGGGCAAGGGCAAGAAGAGUGCGCAGACAGAGGGGAUCGAGCUGGUGAAUAUCAAGACCGAGGAGACGCACUUCUCCAC